AAGCAGCAGCGCAGCUUGGUCACUUCUAUGCUGAGGCUCCCUGAGCUGACGGCUGCCUGGCAAGCUCCCGCUGCCCGCAAACCCUUCCCUGCGGGAAAUGCGUCCUUCUAGCCUGCACUGACUUCCCUGGGGUGCCCAGGCAGAAACGAGCAGCCAAGCCAGGCUCCCUCCAGGAGAUACUUGUCUCCCUUGCUCUAAAUGUGACUGAUCCUUUCCCCCCCGCCCAGGAAUACCUUGCGGUGUUUCCCAAGUCCAUCUCCUGGAGGCGCACCCACUGAUGGCACUCAAGACCUCAAGAGAGGUGUCCUGCGCCUUGUGGGAUCAGGCCCUGGAAGUGAAAAGGCAGCAAGUAUAACAGUUUCUUGAUGAACUGCAACUGAAUAGCUGACACUACACACUACACUAUGCCUUUGGAGAUGGAGCCAAAAGUUAACAAUCUUACCUUUGGGUGUCAACGAAGCUCAACAUCUGAUGACGACUCUGGCUGUGCCUUGGAAGAAUAUACCUGGGUUCCACCAGGUCUUAGACCAGAACAGGUACAGCUAUACUUUGCCUGUUUGCCGGAGGAGAAGGUCCCUUACAUUAACAGCCCUGGAGAAAAACAUAGAAUUAAACAGCUUCUGUACCAGUUGCCACCCCAUGAUAAUGAGGUGAGAUAUUGUCAGUCUUUAAGUGAAGAAGAGAAGAAGGAACUACAAAUGUUUAGCACUCAGCGUAAGAAGGAGGCAUUGGGACGAGGAACUAUUAAACUGCUCUCAAGAGCAGUAAUGCAUGCAGUCUGUGAACAGUGUGGUACAAAAGUAAAUGGAGGUGAAGUUGCAGUGUUUGCUUCAAGAGCUGGACCUGGAGUGUACUGGCAUCCAUCAUGUUUUGUGUGCUCUACAUGUCAUGAGCUUCUUGUUGACCUAAUCUACUUCUACCAAGAUGGAAAAAUUCACUGUGGUAGACACCAUGCUGAACUUCUCAAACCUCGUUGCUCAGCAUGUGAUGAGAUCAUCUUUGCUGAUGAAUGCACAGAAGCUGAGGGUCGCCAUUGGCAUAUGAAGCAUUUUUGUUGCCUUGAGUGUGAAACUAUCCUUGGUGGACAGAGAUACAUUAUGAAGGAUGGACGUCCAUUCUGCUGUGGGUGUUUUGAAUCUCUUUAUGCUGAGUACUGUGAGACCUGUGGGGAACACAUAGGUGUUGACCAUGCUCAGAUGACAUAUGAUGGACAGCACUGGCAUGCCACGGAGACUUGUUUUUCUUGUGCUCAGUGCAAGGCCUCUCUGCUGGGUUGUCCUUUUCUUCCUAAGCAAGGACAAAUUUACUGUUCAAAAACUUGUAGUUUGGGAGAAGACGUUCAUGCCUCUGACUCAUCUGAUUCUGCAUUUCAGUCUGCACGAUCAAGAGACUCCAGAAGAAGUGUUCGUAUGGGAAAGAGCAGCCGGUCAGCUGACCAGUGCAGACAGUCUCUUCUACUGUCACCAGCACUGAAUUACAAAUUCCCUGGUCUUUCUAGCAAUGCUGAUGAUACUCUUUCUCGCAAGAUGGAUGACUUAAGCCUUUCAAGGCAAGGAGCAGGCUUUGUGAAUGAAGAUUUUUGGAAAGGAAGAGUAGAGCAGGAAGUGACCGAAGACCCUGAAGAGUGGGCUGAGCAUGAAGACUACAUGACUCAACUCCUCCUAAAAUUUGGUGAUAAAGGCCUCUUUCAGCAGCCUGCUGAAGUAGAUGUUACAUCAAAUGAACACUGGAUUUCUGAUAAUGUUAAAAGCAAAUCAGAUUUGAAAAAAAAUAAUCAAAGCCUGGCAAGUAAAAAAUAUCAGGCAGACAUGUAUUGGGCCCAGUCACAAGAUGGUUUAGGGGAUUCUGCAUAUGGCAGCCAUCCAGGCCCUGCCAGUAGUAGAAAAAUUCAAGAGUUAGAUAUGGAACAUGUGGCUUCAGGAUACAAACAUGACCAGACACAAUGGUAUCAAGGUUCAUUGGAAUGUUUGUCUGAUCUGAAACAAGAGCAAAGUGUUCGAGAUUCAAUGGAUUCCUUGGCUUUGUCUAACAUCACAGGGGCCUCAGUGGAUGGAGAAAGCAAAUCAAGGCCAUCUUUUUAUUCUUUGCAAACCUUCCAGGAGCUGGAGGCAGAGGACUGUGAGAAAAUGAGCAAUAUGGGAACUCUAAAUUCUUCAAUGCUCCACCGGAGUGCAGAGUCUUUAAAGAGUUUAAGCUCAGAGUUAUGUCAAGAAAAGGUGUUGUCAGAAGAAAAGCCAGCACACAUGCCUGUACUUAGAAGAUCCAAAUCCCAGUCUAGACCACAACAAGUAAAGUUUUCAGAUGAUGUUAUUGACAAUGGGGAUUAUGAGAGUGUUGAAAUUCGCCAACCUCCAAUGAGUGAAAGGACUCGUAGGCGUGUUUUUCAUUUUGAAGAACGUGGGAAUCGGCAUCAGCAUCGUCGCAGGAGAAGUAGGAAGUCUCGUUCAGAUAAUACACUUCAUUUAACUACAGAAAGAAGAUAUUCUCCAAAAGAAAGACUUCACUUUUACUCACCUCAGGAUUAUGGCAAAUUUAUCCAAAAUAAAAGCCCCCAUGAGGUUCCAGCAUACAUGCAAAACACAGAACUCUAUGGACAGUAUGCCCAUGCUAUGUCUGAUUACGCAUUGCGGAACCAGGCAGUUGAUAAAUAUUUUGGACUGUAUGGUGAGGAAGAAGACUCUUGGUGUUCAACUUCAUCAUCAUCAUCGUCUGAUUCUGAAGAGGAAGGAUUUUUCCUUGGACAGCCAAUUCCACAGCCACGAUCACUGAGAUACCCAUACUAUACAGAUGACCUUUCCAGUCCAAGCACUGCACUCGCCAGUUCUCAGUUUGGGCAAAGAACAACCAAAUCAAAGAAGAAAAAAGGACAAAAAGGCAAAAACUGCAUAAUUUCUUAA